AUGAAAUACGAACAAGGCAACGAAAAUGCUGUUAUGGUGGCUAGUUCUACCUUGCCUGUUUCCAAACCGUUCUCAUUGACUGAAGAUCCUGAAAUAAAACGAGCUCGUAAAAUUCUUGGAAUUAUACUUGGCGUGCUUAUCGUUCUAACUGUACUUAGUACAAUUGGUUCGAUUGCUGGCAAUGGAGUUACGAAUAAUUCGGAAUACUCGUCACGCGGUGUUGAAAUUGGUCAAUCUCUUAUUUCAGUUGUUUUUUUCAGCUUUGGAUAUUUGGUCGCUCAUCGAUACUCUAAAAUAGGCUUACUAGUGUUCGCUUGUCUGAACAUCAUUGGAUUGGUUAUUGAUGGUAUUCUCGUGGUGCUGCUCUUCGUUGCCGGUUUGACUUCUUUAGCUAAUGCAAGUUCACUUAAUAAUAGUCAAACCAAUGGUAUGCUGGUUGGUGGAUCAACAGCUUUCUUCGUUGUAAUUGUUAUUAUCAUUGCGGGUUCUAUUGUCCAAAUUGUGAUUGUAAAAUUUGCUUUCAAAUUGGCAAGACUUAUCGAAGCCAAAAAGGCUUCAUUUUGCCAACAAAUUUAA